AUGUUCCUGGACUCUGGGUUUGAUUUAUUGACCUGGGCCGGAUCCUGGGCCUUUAGUCCAGGAAAAACCCAGGAAGGUCAAAGAAAUGACUGGACUCUGGGUUCAGGAGAAAUCCAGGAUCACUUUCAAGGAUGUCAUAGGAAAAGAAAAUAUCGGGUUUCGUCAAAUGGCGGCGAGUCAUUAGACGACAAAAUUGAUGAAAUCAAAACAAAAGCAGAUUCUAGUAAAGCACAACUAAACGAUUUGUUUGCCCAAGUCGAUGAACGCCGAAAGAGACGAGAAAUACCCGACUUUCUUUGUGGAAAAAUUAGUUUUGAACUUCUUAGAGAUCCUGUGAUAACUCCAAGUGGAAUAACUUAUGACAGAAAUGAUAUUUUGACACAUCUUCAUAGAGUUGGACAUUUUGAUCCUGUUACACGUGUUCCAUUAACGGCCGACCAACUUAUUCCAAAUCUCGCAAUGCGUGAAGUGGUAGAACACUUUGAGAAGGAAAAUGAAUGGGCAGUUGAUGCAUGA